CCUCUUGAAGCUCAUAACGUUCAACUAUUAUCGAUCAGGAUGAGCUCAGCCGCCUAAAUCUGACGUUGGCCAGCUCACGUCCUCUAUGCCCAAGGUAGUGGUUAACGUUCCACAUCUUCAAGCUCGUUGAAAUGGCAGCUUUCAAUCUCCGGUCCGCGCCUUCACGGAACCUAGGUCUUCGUGAUCAACGUGGUCAUCCCCUACGCCAGGUAUCCCAAGAAGCACCACCCGCCGCUCCCGCGCAAUCGAACGAGGAAUACCUCCGAUCUUUCCGUACCGCCGUGGAUCGAAUCAGUGAUGAAGUGGAAGCCUUCGCGGAGCAGGUAGAUGUGUGGACCACGGACUUUCUUCGUCACAAAGAUGUCCCGGAGGAACGUCGGAAGGAGUUGCACUUCAAGAAUACUCUGCGCUUGCUCAACACCUUGAGCGACAUCGCCGACAAGAGCGCGCAAAAGAGGAUCCAGGAGUCAGGUGGCGCGCUACGAUUCUCGGGUAGUUUCCAGCUCGACCCUAAUGGGAAGGAAAUUCCCAAGUUGGACAAUCCGCAGACCUUCCUCGAGUCGUCCGAUACAUGGAAAUUGGUGCAGCGACUCUACAAAUUCCAGUUCGAGUUCCAGGGAGCCUUGAAACAGCGGAUUGAGGAGCAGGAGGCCCAACGCACACCGAGCAUCACGUCCCCGCAAGAUGUGUCCACGGAAUCGAAGCGAAUUUGGGAGGAGUUUCUGGCCUCGGAGGCCUCCGCCCGGGAGCGUUGUGAGAUUCUGGCAUGGUUGGAGGGCAAGUCUGGCGUGACUGAGGACAAGCUUGAGGAGAAAAUGCAACAGUUGGAAAUCCAAUCGGGAACAAACGGCACCUGGUCCGGGGGAUGGAUGAAUUCCCGAGCGGAAGUUAAGAACGCAAAGCGGUUUCGCAACGUGGAUGGGCCGCUCAGCGAGGACGGGCCGAUUAUCCGCGCAAACGAUGGAAUCGCGACGCUGGUUUCGCAUCUUGAUCCCGAUGCGCCCUCCCGGGAGUUACGACAGGUUGCGAAGGAGGAUUCACAUCGAGAAAUGGCACACUGGGGCCGUUGCUAUCAAAUGCUCCGCACCCGAUCCGCCGAGGAGACGGUCGAGGAGUUCUGUAAGGACAGGCAGGAAUCAUGGCGUGCCGCAACGCUGGGCGUCUUUUCAUCGGCCCCCGAGCAACGCGUGUGCAUCCCCGGUGCCGACUGUGGCGCCCUGUUCCGACGAAUGUGCUACUCUGCUGCCCGAAACCCCAAGGCCGAUCGCUACGAACAAGCGUGCUACGGCCUUCUUGGGGGAUAUAUUCCCGCUGUGGAUGCCGUUGCCGAGGACCGCGAUGAUUACCGAUAUGCAAGGGUGAACGCGGAACUGAUCUGGCAGUUUGAUGCCUAUGUUCGUUCAAAACACCCGGAGUUGAUACCUCGAACGAUCGAUCGAUUCGACGCGGGCGUACCAGAUGCCGGCUCUGAGGCUCUAUUUUCUCUGGCGCAUAAAUGGGGGCAACGAUCACCCGCACAGAGUGUCCAAGAUGUUUUCAUGGAGAAUCGAUUCUUGAACCUGACCACGUUUCUGGGCGCGUUCCUAAGCAAGCACGAGACGCAGGCGGACGGAGUCCCUGCCGAUUUACGUUCUAGAAUGGAGGCUCCGGAUAUUCCUGUCGCCCAGGACGACCCGAAAUGGAGUUUCCCUUUCAAGCUUGACCCCUUGCUUAAUGACGAGAACGUUCUUCGACUGGUCACCCAUCUAGUCCUUAUCUACGACAGCUUCCGCUGGUGUUCACCGACAUCCGCGGAUGACUCGAUAUCUCGGUCCCCAAACGCGGGGGAACCACUUGCCACGCUUCACCGGAACAUCAUCCUGCAUUACAUAAAUUUCCUCCAGCGCGCAGGCAAGUUCGAGCUCAUCCCUACCUAUGCGGCUCACCUGGGGCACGAGAUAGGCCCCAGGCGUAUCGCCCCGGAGCUUCUACAGAUCACGAGCACCGAUGAGAAGAGGAUGAUUGUCAACUUGCUGGAAGAGAACGACUUGAGCAUGAAAAAUCUCCUGGAAGGCCUGUUCGUAUGGGCGUUAGAGACAAGUUCUCUGGGCAACGACAACCCGGCGCAGCCUCGUUUCCGAAUGAUAAUCGACAAAUGGGACGGCAAACGGUAUCCCGACAUUCUCAGAGAUCGAUUCGGCGAGCUCCCGCCGUCCGCACCGCUGGAGGAGACCAUCCCCGACGACGAGGCCAUGAUCCUUCGUGCCAUGGAGUGGGUCUUGCUCGUCGACGGGCAUUGGGAGACAUCGUUCGUCGUGCUGUCGCUGGCAAUGGUCGGGUUUCUCCGCAGCGGCAAGUAUUACGCGGCGAAGGCGCUCCUCGACGUCGCGUCGUUCAAGGACGUGUCGGAGCAGAAGACGCCGUACUAUUUUAAGCACUCGUUCAACCUGGCGGAUGACGGACUUCCAGCCGAAGCGGAGGACAUUAUCCAUGUGAACAGCGAGGGGCAAGAUUCCUGCGCGAACAUUAUGAUCGAGCAAGCUCAAGCGUUUAUCGAUAUGGAAGCGCUUGUGCGUGCGAUCAGCGCCAUCGAGACAUGGGCGGAGUUCGUCGCCUUGCAUCGGCCUGGGGACGGCACGCUUGCAGCCUUUUCGCCUGAUAACCGAGCUGUAGCCAGAGACAUCAUGGACGAUCUCCAGCAAGCAAUGCAACCUCUCCUCCAUGACGAGUUCUUACUCGACCUAGUCAACUUCGAGGCCCCCGAAUAUCACAACCUCCAAACCGCCCUCACCUCCGUCCGCCGCGCCUACCUUCCCGAAGUCAUCCUCGCCUACCUCGCCUGCCUCAGCGUCGCCACCACCGUCACGGGGCGCGACUACAUCUCCGUCGCCUACGAGGUCGCGCGCGACAUCGCGCGGAAGAGCGGGGCACUCGUUGCGGACGCGUUCGUGGCGGCCGGGCGCAUGGAGGAGCUGGUCACGUCGAUGGCGCUGGCGAGUCGGGUGCUGUUGGGGCAGUUGCAGGAGUGUGGGGAUGAUAAGCGGGCGAAGGCGGCGCUGAAGAAGAAGAGAUGGCAGGAGGAGGCGUGGCGGAUUUGGGAUAUCGGUAGGUUGAAAUGAGCGGUGCAACGCCGGCAAAUCUCUACCACAGCUACGUCGUUAUCAGGACUUUAGAAGCUUUGUUUUUUGUUAGGAUACCGCUUCGGCCGUAAUUGCAUCGUUCUCAGGCGUCCAUGGAAGCAUUGUGUCGAAUUGGGACACCGCGAUGCAGGGAAGAAGCUAAACAAUCAAAAGGUUCUAGAGCCAAUUCCUUGCUUGGUGAAAUUUAUAAAGUCGAACUAUCCCAACAGAAGAUAUAUAAUAUACUC